GAGACGGGGCAGGACACCGUGCUCGGCCAGGAGCCCCGCCAGCCCCGCAGCCCGUCCCGCCGGCAGCUGCAUCCCCCAUCGCCGGCCCCACGGAGACCUGCCCGGGGCAGCCGAGGGAGCCGGGGGGGUGAGGGAGGCUCCGCGCUUCACCAUGCAGGAUGAAAUUCCGUUGACCCCCUGGAGGCGUUUUCCCUUGGAAGACUCUGCUUUUAUCCCCCAGGAUGAAGACAAGUGGGACUUUGUGCUGGUGAGUGACUUCCAUGAGGUGGGCAGCGAGAAGGAGACCAAGAGGAGGAAGUUCCUGGACGAGCUGAGCAAGAAGGGGUUCAUCAUCAAGAAAAUUGAGGAUGAGAAGCUGUUUCACGGGGUCCGUGCCCCAAAACAGAUUUUCCGCAAAUACCAGCAGCUCCUGUGGAACCCUGAUAACCCCGGCAGCAGGCCCGAUGCCCGCUGUGACGUACCAGAGACCACCAGGAUACGGAUUGUGCACUUUAUCCUGCACCACACGACGACGCCUGACUUUGAGAUGCUGCGGGAUCUGAUGAAGAAGAAGGUCUUUGAGGCAGCGUUUCCCCUGCACAAGAAAGAAGAGGCAACGGAUUUCCUCAAGGAGAAAUGGGCUCGCUGGAGAAACAUAUUUCGCAAACAGCCCAUUGAGAAGAUCAGGAGCUAUUUCGGUGAGAAGGUGGCCCUGUACUUCGCCUGGCUGGGCUGGUACACCUGCCUGCUGGGAGUCGCCGCGGUGGUGGGGCUGGUCACCUUUGUGGCUGGCAUCACCAUCUUCAGCUCCAGCCAGGUGAGCAAGGAGAUCUGCGAAGCCACCGACACCCUCAUGUGCCCACUCUGUGACCAGAAGUGCCCCUUCUGGCUCCUCUCUGACACCUGCACCUACGCCAAGGUCACUCAUAUGAUUGACAACGAGGGAACGGUGUUGUUUGCCAUGUUCAUGGCCAUCUGGGCCACCGUGUUCCUGGAGCUGUGGAAGAGGCAGAGAGCCACAGUGGUCACCAACUGGGACCUGUACAAGUGGGAUGAAGAAGAGGAGGAGCUGGCUAUGGAGCUGAUCAACGACUCAGAGCACAAACCCCAGCAGUACCAGCACUCCUACUUCCGCAGCACCAUCAUCCUCCUCUUGGUUCUGGUGAUGAUCGCUGUGAUCAUCGGCAUCGCCCAUGGGCUUGUCAUUUACCGGGUGGUGGCAACAGCUUUCUUCACCCAGAGUGACUUCGAGUUCCUCCGUGACCAGGCCAACACCAUGGCGGUGAUGACGGGGGCCGUGCUGCACUACAUCACCAUCGUCAUCAUGACCAAGGUCAACAGGCAUGUGGCCCUCUAUCUCUGUGACCUGGAGAAACCACGGACCUUAUCCCAGCGUGAGAACAACUUCACCGUCAAGAUCUUCACCUUCCAGUUCUUCACAAAUUUCUCCUCACUCAUCUACAUCGCCUUUUUCCUGGGACGGAUCAAUGGCCACCCCGGGAACUACGUGCGUGUCGCUGGCAAGUGGAGGCUGGAGGAGUGCCACCCCAGCGGCUGCAUCACCGACCUCUUCAUCCAGAUGGCUAUCAUCAUGGUGCUCAAGCAGACCAUCAGCAAUGUGGUGGAGUAUCUCAGCCCCUGGGUAACCCACAAGCUACGCCAGAAGCGGCAGCACCCCAAGAGGAGGUCAAUGUCAGCAGAGGAGGAGGAGGAGGAAGAGGAGGCCUGCAGAAGGCAGUGGGUGAACAACUAUCGUCUCAGCAACGUGGAAUUCCUCAGCCUCUUUGACGAGUUCUUGGAGAUGGUGAUCCAGUACAGCUUCACCACCAUUUUCGUGGCCGCCUUCCCCCUUGCCCCGCUGCUGGCCUUCUGCAACAACCUCCUGGAGAUCCGCCUGGACGCCAUCAAGAUGAUGCGGCUGCGCCGGCGCAUCGUGCCCUGGAAGGCCAACGACAUCGGAAUCUGGCUGCAGGUCCUGGAGGCCAUUGGCACCCUGGCUGUCAUCGGGAACGGGCUGGUGAUCGCCAUCACCUCUGACUUCAUCCCCAUUCAGGUCUACAAGUACACCUACAGCCCCUGCAUGACGGAGAACAGCACUGCUGUGGACUGCUCCACCGGCUACAUCAACCACAGCCUCUCCAUCUUCCGCAUCAAGGACUUCGAGUCCCACACCAAGAUUCCCAAAAUGCUGCCGGGCCAAGAAAUCACAGAGUGCAGGUACCGGGACUACAGGAACGCUGAUGACUACAGCUACACCGUCCAGUUCUGGCACAUCUUCGCAGCCCGGCUGGCCUUCCUCAUCCUCUUCGAGCACGCGGCCCUGUGUGUCAAACUGAUCGCGGCCUGGUACGUCCCCGACGUCCCCAAGACCGUGAAGAACCAAUUUCGGGACAGAAAACACAACAACCUUUACAAAGAACUGAGCAUGAUGGAGUACUCCACCGAGGUGUAGCCCCCACUCAUGGAGGAAGGUGAGGAACACGGACCUGAGCCCCCCCUCCCCGGUCUGGCAGCGCCGGAGGAGCCACCGCGGCACCGGGACACGUGUCCCAGCUUGGACUUGAACUGGGAAGUGACAUCGUGAGGGCAGCUUCGUGGGAGCAGGGUCCUUUCUGACGUGCACGGCGGUGAGAAGGGAGGGAGCUGCAGCAGAGCCGGGGACAGCGCGCUCCGGGGACGCCGAGGAGCCGGGCAGAGCUUUGGCACCGGGGACAGAGCGCGGUGGGCACCUGGCUGCCACGGGGCGAGCGCAGCGCUGCUCCACAGGAGAUGACCUGGCUUCCUCGUCACUCACAGCCUUAACGUGCCACUCGGCAUCGCAGGAAAAGCCAGUUACCUCCUCCCAGCUUCCCGCGCCAGCUCUUUUGUUGCACUUUGGCCCCUUUUUCCUCUGUCUUCAGUGACCUCCAGGCUCUCGCCCCGCUGAGAAACUCAAGUCCUUCUUCCUCUUUGUCCAUGAUCCUGCUCCCGGCACAGCUUCCCCGUGGCCGC